CGUUUUAACCUAUUAUUUUAGUAAAAUCUUGAGUUACGUGAAGCACUUAAAGAAGUCAAAGUUAAUCAGUUUUCCAGGGAUGCAUCGGAUACGGAGGAUAUCCAGACAUUUUCUUGAGAUAACAAGGUUUUAUUCAUCUUCACCUCCAUUUGACGUAAUAGUUGUUGGUGGUGGUCAUGCCGGUACAGAGGCUUGUGCUGCAUCCGCAAGGAUGGGAGCUCGAACUCUCCUGGUUACACACAAAUUCUCCACAAUUGGUGAAAUGUCCUGCAAUCCGUCUUUCGGGGGAAUUGGGAAAGGGCAUUUGGUGCGAGAAAUUGAUGCUCUUGAUGGUGUCUGCGGGAGGUGCUGUGAUAAAUCUGGGGUACAAUAUAAAAUGCUCAAUAGACGACGUGGCCCCGCCGUUUGGGGACCCCGAGCUCAAAUUGAUAGGGAACUGUACAAAAAAGCCGUUCAGGAAGAGCUCAGCACGAUGAAGAAUCUCGAAAUAUGCGUAUCUUCUGUUGAAAAUUUAAUUCUCCGUGAAACACCAAAUGGAGUCAUUUGUGGGGGAAUUGUGCUGAAGAAUGGCAGGGAAGUUGAAUCGGAAACAGUGAUAAUCACCACGGGGACUUUUCUCAGGGGAGAAAUUCACAUUGGUACAAGUGUGAGACCUGCUGGACGAAUUGGAGAUGCCCCUGCAGUGGGAUUGGCAAAGAGUUUGGAGGAUAUGGGCUUCCGGAUGUCUCGACUGAAGACAGGCACACCACCGAGGAUAAAGAAGCAGUCAAUUGAUUUUAGGAAUUUAACACAACAAUUUGGCGAUGAUCCACCUGUUCCAUUCUCCUUUAUGAAUCCCACUGUUUGGCUUUCAGCGAAGGAUCAGAUGGUGUGCCAUUUGACUUACACAAAACCCAUCAUUAUCAAUGAGAUCGUCCGGAAGAAUCUUCAUCAGAAUCGACAUGUUUCGGAGGAGAUUACUGGGCCACGGUACUGUCCGUCCAUUGAAUCAAAAGUUCUCCGUUUUGGUGAUAAAUCCCAUCAGAUUUGGCUAGAACCUGAAGGACUGCAUAGCGAUGUGAUCUACCCCAAUGGACUUUCCUGUACACUCCCAGAAGAUCAACAAAUUCAACUUGUACGAAGUAUUCCUGGCCUUGAAGCUGCAGAAAUUCUUCGGCCGGGCUAUGGGGUGCAAUAUGACUUUAUAGAUCCACGAGAAUUGUUUCCAACAUUGGAAACAAAACGUGUUCGUGGCCUCUUUCUGGCUGGACAGAUCAAUGGAACAACAGGAUAUGAGGAGGCAGCUGCUCAGGGGAUUCUUGCUGGUGCAAAUGCAGCUGCAAAAGUGCAACAUAAGGAAUCUCUGAGGAUCAACAGAACAGACGCCUAUAUUGGCGUUCUGGUGGAUGAUCUUACAACAAUGGGAACCAAUGAACCAUAUCGCAUGUUCACAAGUAGAGCUGAAUUUAGGCUCAGUCUUCGUCCGGAUAAUGCCGAUAUGCGUCUCACGGAGAAGGGCUAUUCUAUGGGACUUGUCGGGGUGGAGAGAUAUGAAGAAUUCCAGCGGAUACGCCGAAAGCUCACGGAAGCCAUGGAGAUCAUGAAGGGAGUGCGAAAGCGCAUGGAUCAAUGGAGGGAUGCACUGCAGUUGCCGCAGAGUAAAACAACAGCCGAAAAGACAGCCUUUGAGAUGCUUUCAAUUCCUGCCGAUGGGAUUAGUGCGCAACAAAUUGCUAAUUUAGAACCUGGAAUUCUUGGGUGGAUUCGAGAUGAUUUAGCUUUGUGCGAAAGACUCAAAAUUGAGGCUCUCUAUGAAAGAGUCGUAACAGAGCAAGCAAUAGACGUGGCGGAAGUUAAAAAGGAUGAGCAACUCAUCAUUCCAUCCAACAUUGACUACUUUUCAAAAUAUCUCAAUCUUUCCUUUGUGGAGCGAGAAAAGUUGUCUUACAUUCAGCCCCAGACGAUUGCUGCUGCCUCUCGUAUUCAGGGAGUCACACCAUCUGCCAUAGUACGGCUAUUGAGGUAUGUGCGUCAAUCAAAUACUGCUGCUGGGGAAGUCUUCUAGGACGACUUCAUCGGUCUCUUCUCAAAUGUAAGCAAGAUGGGUUCCUUCGGGGCAAGGAGGAAGGAUUGCACAUUGACACCCAGAGGAAGUUUCUGUUUUGCUGCCACGCUGAUGUUGUAUCUGGACAGGAGGGUGUACAGAGCCAUUUUCACCUGAAACAACCCAAAACGCAUGCCAAGACAGAUUCGUGGUCCUUCGCCAAAGCCCAGGAAGGCAUAGCGAUUCCUCUCUUGUUUUUUAUCAUCCAGAAAACGAUCAGGAUCAAAUGUGUGGGGAUUUUCAAAGUUUGCGGGAUCCCUGGAAAGGCAUAAUAAAAAAAAUACGUUAAAGGGAA